AUUGGGGCUCCUAUGCCCGAAAUGGACAAUAAAGACUGGUACCAAGGGCGGAAAUUGUCCUCUUCCCAAAGCCUUAUGGGUAAUUUCUCCCAUAUUUCUUCUAAACAUGGCAGCAACUAGGAGACUAGGAAAGGAACUCAACGAUAUCAGAGGUCAGAGUCAUGGAUUUUUCCGUAAUAUCGAGGUUAACGAAGAGAAUAUUUUGAAUUGGAAGGGACUUAUAGUUCCGGCCAACCCUCCAUACAGCAAAGGUGCUUUUAAAAUUGAAAUUGUGUUUCCUGCAGAAUAUCCAUUCAAACCUCCAAAGAUUACAUUUAAGACAAAAAUCUACCAUCCAAAUAUAGAUGAAAAGGGUCAAGUUUGUUUACCAAUAAUUAGCCCAGAAAACUGGAAACCAGCAACCAAAACUGACCAAGUUAUCCAAGCACUAGUGGCUUUAAUUCAUGACCCAGAACCAGAACAUCCACUCCGAGCAGAUAUUGCAGAGGAAUACACAAAAGACAAAAAGAAGUUUCUGAAAAAUGCUGAGGAAUUUACAAAGAAACAUGGUGAAAAACGACCUGCAUAGCACACCUUUAAAUGUCACCGUAAAACAGUGUAAAGAACAAAGAGCAUGCACUGUGUUCCAGAUUGCAUUGUUACUAAUAAUUAUCCUCAGAGGGGAGUAAUUCCUAUUUUAUUAUGAUGUAUUUAGAUCUAGGUUUGUCAACUUUUACUACAACAAAAUAUCUUUACAGGUUCUCCACAUAUUUUUUGAUUGGUUUUUGUAUCAUACAGUAUUGUUUUUUUUUCUCUUAAUCCUGUGUAGUAUAAUUGAAACUGUUUUGCUAAUCUAAUAAUUUCUGUAAAGAGACUGUUCUCAAGAGUUCAACUGUAUCAAAUGAUCACACCUAAUUGCAAGAACCUUAUAUUAAUACCAAAACACACAAAAACAUAGGAACCAAUUUUUUAAUUCCAUAUUGAGUUAAUCUGGGAAAAUAUUUCUUUUUAAUGACACUCAAGUUUGAGCRUAGAUUUUAUUGUGAUUAUUCAAUAUUAUUGUAUAGCAAGGUUAUCGUAAUAACAUACUAUUUGCAAUUUGGUGAAUACCAUUGUUCCAGGACAGUGCUUGAUUCAAAGGAACAACUGGAAAAUAAAUCUACCUUUAAAUCUAUAUCUUUUUAGAUUUUGUUGAAUAUUCCAGAAUUUGUCUCAACUCUAACCUACAUGAUAGCAAUGUACAUCAAAUACCUAUAGUACAGUUCAAAUUGUUGCAUGUGUGUGUAACUUUAGGAGUUAAAAAAUCAAACAUUUUGUUCCAGCUGUAAUGCUUAAGUCUUGAGAGUACCAUAACCACUCUUGUACAGAUUUCCAAAUAUUUGAAGUUUUGUAUUCCAGCUCAGUAAAGACUCCUACAUCUCAAUGUUACAUGUUUUCUUGAAGCCAUUAAACAAUAGUUAAGAAUUG